CCAGGCGGCUUGGUCAAAUGAAUGUAUUCUGAGUGGUGUUACAUGUGAAUUCAGCGCGAGAUACAUGUUGUGAUUUUUCGUGCGAUCCGUCGUACGACGCGUUGGCGUUUGACUUGCCGCAUACGAUGAUUCGGUACACAAGCCUGCAAGUCCACAAUAAUGGUUACCUUACUGCUAGGCAGCCAAUAAAAGCGUCGAGGCCUUCCAGCUGUCAAGCUGCCACUACGGAAAGUGCCAAGUCACAUCAGGGACGCCGCCACCACUGUAACUUCUGUGACUAUAAGACUGAUAAUGUAGGUCAUCUGAAAAGACACACCAUGUGCCAUACAGGCGAGCGGCCGUUUGAAUGCCAUUUGUGCCCUCAGAGCUUCGCACAUAAGUUUAAUCUCAAGGUACACCUGCGCACUCACACAGGCGACAAACCGUUUCAGUGCCCUUCAUGCCCUCGGAGCUUCAACGGAAAGGGUAACCUCAACGAACAUCUGCGUACUCACACAGCACAAGUGAAAGGGAUGGCACGCAACUAUUCUGUAUUCCAUCUGCCAAGUGAGAUUCGGCCCAGAGGGAGGUUUGGCUUCGAAGAAUCAGCUGGGGUGAUUUCAACGCAACGCAAUGGUCCCGGCUCUCUGAGGGUUGAACAGAGAUGAAUGAAGAGCGUCUGCAAGUUCAGCACCGUGUAGGGGAAGCCACGGUUGACAGAACAGAGAGUGGAGCCCAGCACAGGUGGAGGAGAUGGCACUAACUUUAUUUCAUUUAGCGGCUUUACCAUCGUGUUGCCAGCAUAGACAAACCUAUAGGGUUCUGUCUCCAAACACUGGUCCAAGCCGAACGAAGUAGUUCACAGAUGAAGCAGAAGUCCUUAGCAUUUUGUUUUGGCAUAACCAAGUCAGGCAAAGCCAAGGUAUGUGACGUAGGUUUGUUUCAUCAUUGUAUAGUGGCACACACCUACUGGCGCACACAGAGUUAACCUAGUUGGCAUUGAAGAGACUCAUUAAAGACCAGUACUGAGCUUGUACAUACCCGUUGCUCCAAGUUGGCAUCAAGUAGUUUCUUCAAACUGCAGUACGUACCCAGUCGCGUACCUAAAGCGACGCAUGACAUCGUGGAAGGGGUUCAUUCAAGAGCUGCAUGUAUGUACUGUUAAGAUCUGCCAGUGCGGAAUGUGAUCUUCCAGCCUCUGCUGCCCUACUAUGAGCAAUCACUUCUUCAGGUUCACAAUACGUUCCCUCGGACAGACCAGCGGCGACACCAAGGCAAAAUGCACUUGACAGCUGUGAGGUUGAUUUAUGGCACGACGCUGAGACCAAGAAACUCCUGGAAAAAUUUGUUAUUCGCAGAUUCAUUAUGGUCACUUCUGGGCCAUACCAGGAGCCAAAGUGCCCAAUUGCAGUCAAGUGUGACAACCCUGACUGCAGGCAUCCCUUUCUUAGGACAGUGAGCCAUGCGGGCCCAGGGGUAUUUAUGUGAUGUUGUUCAGUGAACAAAUGUUCCGGAGCGAUUGUGUGCACUCGCACUCCAAUGCAACUACAAGCACUCUGAUUUGAUGAUGGUGUAACGGCAGAUUUCACUGGCCUAGCAUCCCUUUCUUUAUCCUGGAGAGUAAGCCAUGUGCGCACGGCGGUAUUUAUCCGAUAGCGUUGAGAUAUAUGUUUUGGAGUGAUUGUACACACGCCCUCAAGGCAGCUGCGAGCGCUUCGAUUGCAAGAUGAUGUGACCGAGGAUUUCACUGGCCUAGGGAUCUAGGGAGGACAGAAAGGCUAAAUGCGGACACCUGUGCUAUUCUACUG